AUGGAGCCACCAUUUGAAGGGCGUGAUGAUUUCGACCUGUCGUUGGAAGGAGAAUACCUCUCUUCAGGGAUGCAAGAUGUUAUUCCUUUCUGUGCUGGACUGAAUGAUUUUUUACCGGACAAUCGCGUACCGCAACAAACGCACCAAUCCUUUUGGGAUACUGUGAACGAUGAAUGCAUUACAGCCAGUAACGGAAUGGAUAAAUGCGAUAGUGGAAUCAUCAAUCCCGACGAUUUUUUGAACGAUGUUUCAUGUGAUUCAGCACAUUCGUUGUGCAAUCGUGAUACACCUUCACCUUCUAAUAGUCAAAAGAGUUACGAUUCGUCACCUACGUCAGGUGGCUUUGAAGGAUCCCACGUAGUGCCCAUGCGUAUGGUCAGUCUGCCCAACUCUUCGCAAACAGCGUGUAGUCCCACGAAUGGUACGAAUGCAGUGAAACCUAACAGCGGGAUGUGUCAUUUAAAAAUCGUCCCCAAAAGUCUCUAUACCACAAUUAACAGGACUAAAACAAUCACGAAGAAAACGAUCGUUCUGUCGGUGAAAGAUUAUCGCGCUCUGUUAGCGAACAUGCAACAGCAACCAUCGAGUAAUACUAUAAUUUUAAAGGCAACACCAACAAACAAACUACCCAUUCGAUCGGUUGUGAAAUCAGUGCAAACGGCUUCGCUUUUAGAAAAGCAGGAAAUCCCCUUUGUUUUACCGAAACCAACAUCAGUUUCUGCAACGGAAGUAGAAACAAAAUAUGAAAGUGAAUCACUGGCAGCUAUUAAAAAGGAUCGUAAUACGAAGACUUUUAGCCAAUUUACCGUCCCUAUGAUGCUAGCCGCUGGUACCACUCUUUCUGAACACACUAUCGACGAAAAGUUGCUCAAAAAACAUCAACGUAUGAUUAAAAACCGCCAAUCAGCAUACGAGUCGAGACAGAAGAAGAAAGAGUACGUCACCUCAUUGGAAAAGCGGCUCGAACAGUUAUCUCAAGAGAAUCAACAACUAAAGGUGGAAAAUUUAAAUCUUCUGGAAAAGUUGAAAAUGCAAUGUACUUGUGCAGCUGUUAAUCAACCACAGGGACACUCAACCAUGAAACAAGUGUCACCAACUGCUCGUAAAAAUACAGCGAUCGUUUUGGCAAUGUUGUUUAUGGUUUCACUUAAUUUUUAUCCUAUCGGCAAUCUUCUCACUAACUCCGAUCCUGUGGAAAUGAACCAAUUAUCAGAUAAAGUGGUGACGUAUCAUUCUCGUGGGCUACUGUGGAUGAAUGAUUCGAGCAAUCUCAACGACCGCAGUCGGCCUCGGUCGUACAGAGACAACCUAACGGUGUUCAACGAACUUACAAACGAAGAUUCAAUCGAAACUUUACCUGUAACCGAAUGUCCAUUCUACGUAAAUCAAACGGAAAACAUACGUUUGGCGAGUGAACUCCGCCGGUGGAUUGGAGAGAAUGGUUACAAAAAUCUUACAAAUGGUAUGGGUCAGGCGGAAGUUUCAAUCGAUACAUUUGAUAAAAUGUUCCGUUUGAAGGAUACGAUCGAUUCCAUGUACCAACACAUGAAAGACAUUAGCAUGCAGUUGAAAUCAUACGAGCGUCAGCAAAUGCAAGCCCAGAGCGGAAAGAAAUUAUCACGCAAUCGACAACGUAAAGCACCAGGACAACGACAAAUGAUGACAUACCGCAAGAAAAUACCUAACCAGCACGAUGUAGAUUUGUACUAUCCUAAAAUACACGUAAAAUAUGCAGAGUUUUUUGAAGAAAUUGGUCGUCGUGAUGAUACAUUUUAUUUAGUAUCAUUUAGCGAGGAACAUUUGUUGUUGCCUGCUCUGGCGUACAAUAAAACAAAUCGACCAAGAAUGUCAUUGAUGCUACCAACUGUGACAGCCUCCAGUACACCAAUGAGCAACGGAACAAAUCGUUCAGACAAGAUAACACUCAUGCAGAUUGACUGCGAAGUGAUGAACACAUCCGUGAUUCAGAUACGUGAAAAAAUGAUACCAGGAGCCUUACGACCGCAAGGCGAUGAAACAGCGAAAGGUGGAUCUGGUGAUAAUGGAAGUCGCGACGCAGCAAAUCCCGGAGUCCAUACGAAACGAUCUAGUGGAACCUCUGUGGCGAGUAAAUUAGAACGAAUCAAUUCCUCCACAAUGACUCAUGCCACAGAAGCUGUGGAUGAUAUCCAGCAAAAACGGAAUAGCGUUCGUCAUCAGCAUGUGCCUACCAGGCCGUUCUUUGUACACCGCAUGAAUGAGCAUCUCAGUGAGCAUCACUGA